CCUCCAAAGAUCUCUAAUUGUAAGCAAUUAAACAACACCACCUUCUUCAAUUCAAUCUUGUUUGGUUGUGUUCUUCAUCAGAGCAAUCAAAUGUGAGCCUCCUCUUCCUUGAUUGAUCUCUCGUGCGAGCAUUUUUUGUUGGAAUGUUUGGUUGAGUUCUUUGGUCAGAUCGAUCAAAUGUUGUGUACCUUGAAGCUCCGGAGCCUCGUCUUCCUUUGGCGAUCUUUCAUGAUAGCACUGGUCUCGUUCAUCUCCCAUUUCAUCUGGUAAUCCAUGCAACCGAGCAACUGUCAAUCGCCAUACACCCAAAUUCCCCAUAAAUAAAUACAUACUGCAUACACAAGAAUUAUCUUUGCUAUCGAUCGGGGACCCGGAGAGUUACUCGUUCUUGUCAUGCAUCUUCAUUACGGUUCACGAUGGGAUCGGUGGACUACUACGAGAUCCUGAAUGUCGACCGGAGCGCGACCGACAACGAUCUCCGCAGGGCCUACCGGCGGCUGGCCAUGCGGUGGCACCCGGACAAGAACCCCACCGGCGACAAGGACUGCGAGGCCAAGUUUAAGGACAUCACCCAAGCCUACAACGUUCUCAGCGACGCCAGUAAGAGGGCAGUGUACGACCAGUAUGGGGAGGAGGGGCUCAAGGGCCCGCCACAGCAGCCCGCCGACGACAUCUUCGCCGAGUUCUUCGGAAGCACGCCCUUCACAUACUGCAAUAACGCGCGCGGCAGACAGCGGCCGGGGUGGGACGGCGGCGGCUUGGGACGGCCUCACGGCGCCGGAGAUCAGGGCGUCGGGGCGCCACCUCCGCCGGUGGAGACCAAACUGGCGUGCACGCUGGAGGAGCUCUACACGGGCGUCACCAAAAACAUGAAGAUCUCCAGGAAUGUCGUCGACUCCAGCGGGAGGAUGAAGACGGAGUCCGAGGUUCUAUCGAUCGAGGUGAAGCCGGGGUGGAAGAAGGGUACCAAGAUCACGUUCCCUGGCAAGGGCAACCAGCAGUGGAACCAGCUCCCCGCCGACCUGGUGUUUGCCAUCGACGAAAGGCCACACCACAUGUACCGCCGCGACGGGAAGGACCUGGUCACGGAUGUCCGUCUCACCCUCCCGGAGGCCCUGGGCACGGUGAUCGUGCUCCCCACCCUCGACGGCCGGGAACUGGCGGUGGACGUGGGUGGCGGCCAGGAGGAGGAAGCCACCGUGGUUCACCCCGGCUAUGAGCUCGUGGUGCCGAUGGAGGGCAUGCCCAUCGCCCGCGAGCCCGGCCGUCGGGGAAGCCUUAGAAUUCGAUUUGAUGUCAUAUUCCCGGACCGGCUCAAGCGCGAUGCGCGCCUGCAGAUCAAGCGAAUCCUGGAGGCCGACGCCGCUUGAAGCCUAGACGCCUGAGAGAUAUACAUGUAUGUUUUUUUCUUAUGAAAAGCUUUAAUGACAGAUUAUAUUAUGUUUGUAAAUAGAGCUACAUCACCCGCAACAGUGGUGGAUUAGCACAAUUUAUUAGGGUGGGCCAAUAGUGAG